AUGACUGAAUCUAAUACCACUUCACAAUGGAACAAUUUAAAAAAAAUAUAUGAUUAUUUGUUAGAAAUUUUUAAAGUGCCAUCAUUGAAACCAGAAUUACAGUUGACAAAUGUUGAGAUCUUUAACUGUGAUUUUCUCGUCAACCUUAAUGAACUUUUUUCAAAGUCCAACAUCAAGCCCAAUACUCGAAUCUUCAGAAUCUAUGGUAACAUAAUUCAACUAUCGGACGAUUUAACAAUUCCACCCUUGAAUAGCGGUGGUGUUAUUUUGAUUGCAGCAAGACGAAUUGAAAUUAAACAAGGAUAUGCUAACAUUUCAAAAGAUAAUAAAACCGUUGGCAAAUCACUUACUAUACGUGAUGACAAGAACCCUGAUGAUAAGGAUCUAUACAUCUUUGAUAGUUCUAUUCUUGAAAAUCAUUCAUCAUUCCGUAAAAUGCUACGAUACUCUUUACUUAUUGCCAGUGUCUUAUUUUAUGAUGAACCUGAAAUUACACGAUCAAUUCUCUCUUGGAUAUGCAAAAUAACCGAAUCACAAUCUGAUGAACUACAUCAUCAAGCACUUACAAUAUUUGUUCAAUUGGAUAUCUCUGAAGAAAGAAGGAAAAAUAAAAUUUCAUAUAUUCCAUUAUUGAAUAAAGAUUUCUAUAAGAAAGGAAUCGAAGAAUUUAUGAAUUCAGUAGAAAAUUAUGAAAACAAAUAUAUGCAAUUUUUAACUAAAAGGGAUAUUGCCACUCAAGAGAAAAUUGAAUCUAAAGUAUGGUUAGAAAAUUAUAAUGAUGAAACCACUUUGAACGUUCACUUAGAAAAAAUUGAACAUGAACGUUAUGUUUCAGCAUUUAAAUUAAUGAAAAAAUUAGAAGAUGAACUAAAGGACAAAAAAAAUGACGUAAGCAACGCAAGUGAAUCCUUCGAAGACGGGAUUGAAGAAUGGAAGCAACAAAAAAUCCAUGAUGCAGAAAAAGAAAUGUUAAUUGCAGUUUUUAGUUUGGCAGUACGCGUUGGCACAAUUGUUAUCAGACCUGAUGGCAUAGUCGACAUUAUUAAAACUAUAGAGAAGACAUCUGUUUCGAUUCAAGAUGCUUUUAAUGCUGCAGAUAAA